AACUCAAGGGCGGUGGCUCUUGAGCAGGAGUUCUCAACCACAAAAAUGGAGGAUUUCCCGAAUGCCUCUGCGUAUUGUCAGCGCCUCAAGGUAUUAGCCGAUCAAUUGAAGAAUGUUGGGGCUCCUGUAUCAAACAACCGUCUCGUCCUUCAAAUGGUUGCAGGUCUCACUGAAGCAUACAAGAAUAUUGGUACGUUACUUCGUCAAAGUAAUCCUCUUCCCCCUUUUUAUGAAGCACGUUCUAGUCUCUGUCUCGAAGAAAAGGGAUUAGCAAAUUCGAUCUCCACCGCCUCUGCCAUGGUUGCUGCUAGGGAAGUAGAUGAUGCUUCCGAUAAUUAUUCCCAUCAUAAUAAUCAUAAUCGUAAUAAUGGUGGAAAGAAAGGGAAUAAUAAAAACUACGGCAACAAAAACCGCGGAGGUGGCCGCGGUGGUGGUGGCGGCAAAGGUGGAAGCAACCGCUCAGGGGGUGGCGGCGGUGGUGGACAGCAGCACUCCGGCCAGCAGGUCCCGCAGUGGUUCCAGGCAGUUGGGCAGCAACAACCUUGGUCUUGGCCGUUCAUGCCUUGGGCUAUUCCUCCAUGUCCCUAUCCUACUUCUUCUUGGGCCAGGCCCAAUGCACCAAGGCAUGCUGGAAUUUUAGGAUCACGCCCACAACAGCAGCAAGUUUACUCUGCAGCAGUUCAACCAACGCCCACGGAUAUCGAGGCAGCAAUGCACACCCUCGGUCUCACUCCUCCGGAUCCGAAUUGGUACAUGGACACCGGUGCCACUUCCCACAUGACUUCCGGGCAAGGACUUUCAGACGGGGAUGCUUCGAAUGAGAUGUGAGAGCCGGGGUGAGCUUUAUCCCAUCACCACCACCUCAAAUCAAGCCACUUCCCCAUCUACUUUUGCGGCUUUAUCACCAUCAUUAUGGCAUGAACGUUUGGGUCACCCGGGAGCACCUGUUUUUAACUCCCUUAGGCUAAAUAAAUUUAUUGAGUGCAAUCAAACUCGUAAUUCCCAUGUUUGUCACUCUUGUCCUCUUGGAAAACUUGUUAAG